AACGUCGAAGUGUGCGGAUGUGUCCGUGUUGGUUCCCGCGCUUAAGUUCGGUACGCGUUCAACAGUCUCUUUUUUGGGUGCGUUUGUUGGUGAACAAUACAGUGCGAUCACUUUUGAUGCAUUUCUUGUGAAAAACCGAUUGUUUCGCGAACGUGUUGUUUUGAUUUUCCACCAGUGAAAACGGCGAUCUGAAUUGUGCCUUUUUUGUGUAAAGCAUCGCAAAUAGCCACACACACACAUACAUACAUAAGCGCACGUCCGGUUGUGCUGAAGAAUUCCAGCAGUGAAAAGCAACAAGUUACGGCGGUGCAGUAUGAAGAAGUAGAAGAGAUGGUUUCAGAACGCGAGGCUCCUGUAGCUGUGUAGUGAGAAAAGUGGUGCGUUCUGGUACGGAAAACCGGUAGAAGAAAAGCGAUGGCUACUCAGUUUAUAUGACGAAUGUGAUCAUCUGCAUUUGUUGGUGAUUGUGGUGUGCUAAGUGUGUUCCGAUUAACACCAAUCUUUUUCGCCCUUUUCGCACGCGGUUUGUGAAGGUGGUUCUGGAAGAAGGUUUUUAGUGUUUCUACUGCACACAUACACACGCAAAUAAAAGUGCAUCCUGGCUCCCUCCCCCAAUAGAAGCAUGCGAAAGUGCAAGCAUCCGUAUGCAACUAUCAAACGACGACAACGAUACGGCCAGCGAGAAUAAGUAGCGCAGAAAAGCGCAUCGGAAGUUCAUACACAGGCAAGAGUGAAAAUAUUAAGCAAAUUGAGUUUAAGAAAAAGAGUGUAAAAGAAUAUUACCCUCCGUUUGGCAGGCAGUUGUGAUUUAAAGCGAAAAAGAAGUGUACUACGUGCAAAUAUCGACGAUCUAAUUAGAUUUUUUGGUGUCGUGUAACGCGGGCGAAAGAAAGAAGAAUCACACAGUGAAAGAAACCGUGGCGUUCCCGAUCGAAAGCUGCUAAAAACCUCCCGGAUAUAAUAAAGUGCCCGGCGAUCUAUUCUCGCUCCCUUCCUUCAUUGUUGCGCGAAGGCUAGAAGAGGACAGCAAAUCUGGCUCUGUUCUGUGUUCCGGUGAAGCAGCGCUUAUCGUCGGAUUCUUCGGAUGUUGUGAAUGUAAGUCGCCAGUACACUUUGCAUGUAUCAUAGAACCAGAGCUUCCUCCGUCCAUUAUCCGAUCGCUAAGAAGACCAAGGACUCUAGCAAUGGGAUGAUAAAUCUGGCGGAGGUCGGAGGUCCACCACCUCACAUAAACGGCGGGCCAGCGGCUGGCUUACCGCACAUGAUGCCAACACCGGUAGUGGCCGGUGCCGGUAUCGCCAUGAUGGGUCAACAUCAUCAACAGCAGCAACAACAGCAACAACAGCAGCAGCAGCAGUCUCAUCCCCAACAGCGUCUCGUUGGUGGAGCACCCCAUCAAUUACCCCCGUCGGGUAUGCAUCAUCCACAUGGUCCACCUCCACCACCACCAGGAGUCGGAAUGGGUGGGCCACCACCUCCACAUCAUCUAACACCGGGUGCCGGUGGUGGUGCGCCCCAGAAUCGUACCUCGGCACGCGAACGAACCAUGCAUGCUGUUGAGUACUACAAAAGCAAUGUCCGGCGAGCACGUGUCGAGGCUGGUUUGGCUCGGAAUUCGCUCCACGAGCGAUACUCCUACGUCCAGCGACAGAUGGCCACGAUGGGAAACGGGAAUGGCGUGCUCGGUACCAAAGUCUCCCCUCACGGGCAUACCGAUCAUCUGUACCGAAGCAAUUCGAGCCUGGAGCUGAUACACGACCACGGUGGUGCCGGCGGAAUGCCAGAUCACCUUCAUCCAGGCGGUGGAACGAAUCUGAGGCGCGAGUACGGUAGCCACGGUUCAAUCGAUGUGAUCUCAUCCGACCGACAUCCGCACCAUCACCAUCACCAUCCGGGUCAGGGUGGUGCACCGAGUGCAGGCGAAAGCUUUCUUACGAUGCUGCAAGAGUAUCAACCGUUUGGGCUGGAUGGGUCCUCACUACUGUACUCGCUAAACAAACAUCACACAGGGCAUGGCGGCCACGGGGGUGCCAAUGGAGGUACUGUUGCAGCUACGAACCCAAUCACGCUUACCGGUGACGAUGUGGUCGAUCGAGGUGGCAAUUCCAGUCCGAAGCUGCGGAAUAAGUUUCACCGACUUUGGGGCUCGAGUAACGGAGCCGGCGCGGCUGGAAGCAAUGGUUCGGCUAGUGGGAAACAAUCGCGGCAGGUGGCAAAUGGAGGGCCAGCCACUACGACCGCCUCGCUGGACGAUAGUCAGCUAUGUGCUGCAUUGAACGCUAGUACGAGUUCUACCACCACGACUGUGUCCUCGGCGGAUAUCGAGGAACGACAGCGACGACGAGCGUUUGCUCAUUUCGAUUGCCGCUCCCUGACGGCAAACCUGGGAUACGCAGCGAAAUUGCGAGGAUUUCUUCUGGAGCGCCGACGCAAUACUACCACUGGAGCUUCAGCAGCGGCCACGUACGGAACAAGGUCCUCUACGCCCGAUGGGGAUAGCGUGGACGAGGACUACGGCGAUGGACAGCAGAACGAGCUGUUGGAGAAUUGUCCCUUCUUCCGGAACGAGAUCGGUGGCGAGGAGGAGCGUGAGGUAAGCCUUACACGAAUGGCAUCUUCGACGACGACAACCUCCGGUGGAGCUGGAAGCGGACAGCAACGGCGAGCUAUCCACCGGCCUGCACUUGCAUACGGUGUGUCUGUGCUGGAGUGCGGAGCUAACGAUACUCUCUGGAAAGGUUACACCUGCCCGUACCAGAAAGGACCUCGUCCUAUCGAACAAAUCGACAAUGGAGCGCUCUACUACCGACAGCACUUUUUCGGCCAAGAUCACCAAAAUUGGUUCGGCAUGGACGAACAUCUCGGCCCGGUAGCGAUCUCGAUCAAGAAGGAAAAGAUCAACCCAACGCCAGUGCAAACGCUCGCCCUACACGGCUCAGACGUAGCUCCGACGACAACGCACCCAGCCGAACAGUACCUGUACCGGCUGAUUGUGCGCACCUCGGAGCUGCUUACGUUGCGUGGUUCGGUGAUCGAGGACUCGAUUCCGAAUGCGCGCGGUGCCGGCAAGCACGCCAAUACCAAAGAGAUUCUGGAGUACGUUGCGCCGGAAGUACAAAUCGGCUGUCUGCGGUUGGCCGUCAGCUCGCCCCAGUGCGAGCAGCAGCUGCUGAAGCUGGACGAGCAGGGCCUAACCAACAAGUACAAGGUGGGCAUCCUGUACUGCCGGGCGGGGCAAUCCUCCGAGGAGGACAUGUACAACAACGAGGAGGCUGGUCCGGCGUUCAACGAGUUCCUCGACACCAUCGGACGGCGGGUGCGAUUGAAGGGUUUCGAGCACUAUAAGGCCGGAUUGGACAACAAAACCGACUCCACCGGGACUCAUUCGCUGUACGCGACACAUCAGGACUGUGAGGUGAUGUUUCACGUGUCCACGAUGCUACCGUUUACGCCGAACAAUCGACAACAGUUGCUGCGCAAGCGUCACAUCGGCAAUGACAUCGUGACGAUCGUGUUCCAGGAACCGGGAGCUCUGCCCUUCACGCCGAAAAACAUCCGCAGCCAGUUCCAGCACGUGUUUGUGAUUGUGCGUGCGGUGAAUCCUUGCAGCGAUCAUACCCAGUACCGGGUGGCGGUUUCGCGCUCGAAGGAUGUGCCCGUGUUCGGUCCUCCGGUGAAGGCCGGAUCGCAUUAUCCGCGAGGGAAACAGUUUGCCGACUUUUUGCUGUCGAAGGUGAUCAACGCAGAGAAUGCGGCCCAUCGGUCAGUAAAGUUUGCGAUGAUGGCGAUCCGAACGCGCCAAGAGUACCUUAAGGAUUUGGCCACCAACUACAGCACGGCAACGGUGGUCGAAACGGGACAACGGUUUUCAAUCUUCCCGAGCAAAAAACGCGAACGUCCGACAAAGCCACGCUUCUCGGGCGAUCUUUCGCAGCGGGGUGCCUUCUGUUGGCAGGUGGUAUUGCACGACAGUGGCCAAUCGACGCAGGUCGAUUGCUUCUUGGGCAUCUCGGCGGAAACGUUCGUGCUGAUUGAGGAGUGCACGCGUCAGAUCAUCUUUGUGACUCCGUGCCGGGCCAUUCUCGGGUGGUCAACGAGCCAGAAUGCGCUGCGCGUGUACUACCAUCAGGGCGAGUGCGUGACGCUUAAUAUGCGCGAUACGGGCGACCGAGACGAGCAGCUGGAGGUGAUCGAGCGGUUGCGUGCGGUGACGAAUGGGUGCGGAGCGCUUGAGCUUGGCCUACGAAGGAAUCCGAUGGGACAGCUAGGAUUCCACGUGCAGCCGGACGGUGUUGUGACGCAGGUAGAGAUCUCGGGCCAGGCGUGGGCUGCUGGAUUGCGACAAGGAUACCGCUUGGUGGAGAUAUGCAAGGUGGCUGUAGCGACGCUGUCGCACGAUCAGAUGGUCGAUCUGCUGAAGACAUCCGCACAGGUUACGGUGACGGUGAUUGAGUCGUUUGCCGACUUUACCCCGAGACGUGGUUGCACGCUGCAGAACUGUCGGUUCAAUUCGAUCAACUACGAAAGCGAGUACGACAAUAUGAUGCUGGAGGGUGGCAGCGGCAAUAAGAAUGGUACUAGCGGACAAAGUGGUGGAAAUGGUAGUACCAACAGCAGCAGCAGCAAGAAGGUGGUCCCAGGCGGUCAGCUCCAAUCGUCUGCCAGUCAUCGACGUCGCUAUGAGCGUAACUUUUCCCCGCCACGAUCGAGCAACAGCUCGGGAUAUGGCACGGGAAGUAGUAGUCGAUCGUUUACUGCAGCUGUUGGUGCCGCUGGUCAGCAGGUAGCUGCAGUUGCGCAGCCAAACGGACCGGAUAUGGGUACACUGACGUCCUCCUCGAGUGGCCACUCGUCGAACGAUGAACGCUGGUACGAUGUGCUUGAUCCACCGCAGGAAGCAUCCUCCAUCAUGGCGGGCCCUCCAUCCGUUGCUUCCGAUCCGAGCGUUAACUACCAUCAUCCGAAGCUGACCGCAUCGAGCAAUUCGCUUCCUCUCGCCGGAUCCAGUCCACGGCCGCUUUCGCUGCACAAUGACAGCGGUGGACAGUCACCGUCGCGCAACAACGGAGCAGGCCAAACAGCACCGUCGGGACAAUCGGUGGGACGCGAUAAUUCGGCAAACAUUGCGAUGUUGAAGCGUCUCAUCAUAGCGGAUUCGGCGGCAAAUGGGGCUAUGGAAGGAAACGGAGCACUACAACAGCAGCAGCAGCACCAUGCGGAACCUUUGUACAGUAGCUCGUUGAAGAAUCUUUCCAACCAUCAUCUGCUGAUGACGGCUGCUGGCGGUAACCACGUGGAGGAGGAUGAGCUUUCCCGACACAACUCACCGCAGCUGCGACGAUCCGCUACCACGACCAACAUAUACGGUAUCAAUGGCAAGAAAGCGAACGGCGGUGUGGCCAAUUGCUCGGGCAGCAGUGCUUCGAGCAGCCGGAAUAAUAGUCCACGACCGAAUGGUGGAACUGGGGAAACGGCAAAGCUGCGUAGUGGAGCUGCGUUAAAAGGUGGAGCCCAACAUCAUCCGCAGAGGAACAGUGUAAACUACACGACCGGAAGCACACUGCAGGAAGAUCUGAUGAAGCUGAUCAAUCCGGACUACAUUGCGAACGACGAUAACUUCAACUCGGGCGGUAUGGAGCGUAUGCAGAAGGGACACCAGAACAGCCACAGUCUCGGGAAUAUCGCUAGUUUGGCUGGUGGGCUGAAACCGAUCCCGCAGAAGAGUCGCUCGCGGGAAGGCGUUAAUCUCGGCUCAAAUCAACAGCUUUCGACUGCUAAUGGAAAUGGACUAAAGUUGGCCAAUGGUGGUGGUGGUGGCGGCGGAGGUUCGAACAGCCCGAGUAAUGGUGGUGAGGAGGACGUUAUCUUUACAACGGCUCGCCCUGCGACGGUCAUUUCGUCGACCACGUCCAACAGCUCCAGUCCGGCUAGCGAGCUGCUGCUUGGGAAGCAUCACAUGAACGAGGAUCAUCUGAAGAUGUCGCCUAGCAGGAAGCAGCAGCAACAACAGCAGCAGCAAUUUGUGAAUGGCGGCAUCUUGAAGAAUGGUGGAGGCAAAAUCCCGCUCCCGGACAUGAAGGAGAUGGAUUGGAGCAGUCUGGUGGACACCGCAACCAAAGCAAUGACACAGUUAUCGGAGUCCGUGGCCAAAUCGCAACACCCAGGCAGCAAUGUAUAUUACGACGACAUCAGUCAGGUGCUGAACGGAGUGCACAAUCAGCAUCAGCUGCAGCAGCAGCAACAAACGGGCCACAACGGCGCUAUGAACGGUGGUCCAGCUAACGGAGGCACUGGUGGUGGUGGAUGCAGCAGCGUUAGCGGAACCGGCAGCAGCAUUGGCAGUGGAGCAGACCUUUCCUCCUCAACGCCGAGCUCCGCCUCCCCAGUAUCCACCGGCAGCAGUAACGCCGCCCAACAGCAAGUUCUGAUGGCGCUCCAGAACAGCUCAAGCCUGCCGGAACUUCAGUCCCAGGUGACACAACUUUCCGACCGCGUGCUACGCGAACAGAGGCGCCGUCGAUCGCUCGAGCAUGCCGUGCGCCGGCUAACGGAGGAAAACCGCCGGCUGCAGGACGAAAGCCAGGCAGCUGUGCAGCAGUUGCGUCGCUUUACCGAGUGGUUUUUCCAAACGAUCGAUCGACAAUCGUAAGGGAACAUACGGUAACACAUGUGGCAUGUUCGUCGUGUCUUCCAAAGCGUGAUCAUCUUAUAAAAGGGAAGCAAAAUAUUGACAUUCGUUUUUUUUUUACAAAAUGACCAAAAAUUAUGUACAUAAAGCGCGAACAAAUGUAACAUUUAUAUAUAUAUUAAAGCACACAUAAAUCCUCCCCUUUACUGUACGCUACGUUAGGACCGGUUAGAGUGAUAGAUUGAGCACCAGUAACAAGAGGAAACAGUUAAAAAUUCUUUAAACACAUUUACAUAUACAUAUACAGCGUGUAUUACUCGGGAGAAGCUUUUUUGCUCGGCAGGAGAAAAAUUGAUAUAAGGGCAUGAAACAAAAGCCUUCUUUAUAUAGGAUAUUUGUAGGGGAAUGUAAUGUGACCAAGCUGGAGAAACAGUGUUUCCUUCUUGCAAAUUCAACAGCAAACACCAAUUAUACAUGCUAGGACUUUAGAGGUUAUCUAUAUACACACACACACCAUCUCUUUACAUACAUACAUAUGUACAUGCAACGACGAAAGACAGAGGACGGAAAAGUGCACUAUAAAUCGCGUAGCGUGUGUUUUUGUUGUUGUUUGUAUUAUUCGGCGUAACGAUUUUCGUGGAAAUGUUGUAAGUGGGAGGUGCACGUACGCGCGCACACAUGAUGCUGCUGCAAGCGGAUAAGGACAAAUAAUAUGCCAAAAAUGCCUCUUCGUAUAGUACUGCUAUUAAUACUUCCUCUAUUACUACUUCUACAUUAUGCUAACUUUUUUUUUUGAUUACAUCGCUAUGAUAUGGUAUUUUUGUAUUUGAAUUAUGUGUGUUAUUGUAUAGAAUUCGCAAAGCCUCUAGCUUUCGAUCCUAAUUUAUAAAGACUCUCUAUCUCUCUAUUGAACAUUCUCGGUAUUAAAACUGCAACAAGCAUUAAAGGAAAGCGAAAGCGAACCAGUGUUUGCAUGUUUACGUUACACCAUUUUACAUAUACCGCGGUUUUCUUUUUCCCGGUGCUCCAUGUGUGCAUGGUUAGGCGCUCCUCUUGUGUUGUGUUGUGUUAGUUUUAAGCUUUGCUUUCCCCAUGAAAAAGCAGUCGUGCACCAAACAGUAGUAAGCGUAGUUCAUGUAUAGAUAUAUCAGUUUUUCUUAUGUAAAUCAUCUUAAGUUUUCCACCUUUUCCUAGACUGAACAGGAACAAAAUUAAAAUCCAGCUUGUUUGACUAUUAAAAUUUGUACUUUCGGAAUACUUUCUCAAGCAAAAACCACAACGGUGUGUACAACGUGAACAGUGUAAAGUAUAACUUUUUAGUAUCUCUUAAUUUAUCGGUAAAUGCUAUCACUCUUUAUUCUUGUUAUAAUACAACUAGACCAUAUAAGGCGCGCGCCAUUGCGUGAGUCCGAUGAAGUAAAGUGAAAUAAAAUGUUAAAGAAUAC